AGCACCGUGCACGACACUACGACUACAACCCAGCUGAUGAGCAGAGGAUGGCUGCGCCAAAGAAAGGAGAUCUGUCAGCAUCCGAGAGGGAGAUCCUCCAGGUUAUUGCUGCUGGUAAUGUACAACAGGCUUCCAAGCUGCUUGCAAACAAUGAUGUACGAGUGAACUGUUUGGAUGAGUAUGGCAUGACUCCGCUGAUGCAUGCAGCUUACAAGGGCAAGGCAGAUAUGUGUCGUCUGCUGCUGCAGCAUGGGGCGGAUGUCAACUGCAACCAGCAUGAAUAUGGAUACACUGCCCUCAUGUUUGCUGGCCUGUCAGGAAAGACAGACAUUACCACUAUGAUGCUGGACGCAGGAGCAGAGACAGACUUAGUGAACUCUGUGGGUCGCACUGCUGCUCAGAUGGCGGCUUUUGUAGGCCAGCACGACUGUGUGACCGUCAUCAACAACUUCUUCUCACGGGCAAGGCUGGAGUACUACACCAGGCCGCAGGGGCUGGAGAGGGAACCCAAACUGCCCCCCAAACUAGCAGGGCCCCUCCACAAGAUCAUCAUGACGACCAACCUCAACCCUGUCAAGAUGGUCAUGCUGGUGAAAGAGAACCCUCUGCUGGUGGAUGUGGCAGCUCUGGAGAAGUGUUACCGGGUGAUGGACCUGCUGUGUGAACAGUGCGUGAAGCAACAGGACAUGAACGAGGUCCUGGCCAUGAAAAUGCACUACAUCAGCUGUGUGCUACAGAAAUGCCUCACCUUCCUUCAGGAGCGUGACGACAAACUGGACGCGCUUGUGAAGAGCCUGCUGAAGGGGAGGGACAGCGAUGGCUUUCCACAAUACCAGGAGAAGUUUAUCCGUGAUUGCAUCAGGAAAUUUCCCUACUGUGAUGCCACACUCCUUCAGCAGCUGGUCAAGAGUAUCGCACCAGUUGAGAUUGGCAAUGACCCAACAGCGUUCUCAGUGUUAACCCAGGCCCUGACAGGCCAGAUGGCCUUUGUGGAUGCUGACUACUGUGCUACAUGUGGGGAGAGGGGAGCAGAGAAGAGAUGCUCCCUUUGCAAAACAGUGACUUACUGCAGCUUGACCUGCCAAAGGCUCCACUGGUUCACCCAUAAAAAGAUGUGCAGAUCCUCUCAGGAGCAGGGCAGCAAACAGGAGACACACACACCGAGGUUGAAAGAACUGCAAGAUGACGAGAGCGACCUGAUGAAAGAGACAGCCAACUUCCUUCAGGAGCUUUGUCUGAGGGCAGAGGAGAAGGUGGCUUCUGAUGGAGGCUGCCCCGUAGAGCUGCUGGGCUGUCCGUCCACCUCUGCUGAAGGAGCCUCCUGCACCCGGGAGUGAGGAAGGCCCCUAACAAAGCAAAUGGGGGCCACAGAGUACAGUACACACACAAAGAGGUGGGGCUAAGCAGAAAAAUAACUCAAAGUCUGCUUGCAGGGCGCACACUCUAACCCUGGAAUUUAAACAUUUCAAGCUACAACUGUUGGCUGCUCCACAGAUGAUAAAGGAAACUAUGAAGAUCAGUAGCCAUAAAGCCAGUCAGCCGCUACCAUCCCGGCCACCCACUCAGUGCUGUUGGAGACAGUUUGGGUUUUAACCCUGUCAAACCCAUGAGUCCACAUCAUUAAAUUAAAUUAAAUUAAAUUAAAUUAAAUUAAAUUACACAGACUCUCUGAACAAAUCGUCUUUUU